AUGGCUGCCCCACGAUACGAGAUUGGAAACGCUGUCACUAGAAUACGAGAAGAUGACAAUGAUGCUCGCUUCACAGUUCGGCGCAAUGGCAAGGUUUUUUAUAUUAAGCUUUCACCAUCCAAUUUCGUCAACUCUCCCAACAUGACGAACAAGUACAAGUCGUACCUGGAAGUUUUGAAUUCCGGUCAGGAGGUGUUAGGUGAAAUAUACGACAGCGACGUCUAUGAUUGGGUGAUGGCUCGAUUCGAGCCCUUCUUUACCAACCUCGCGCCUGAUCCGCCAGUUGAAACAAUUACAGUCACCUUGAAAGAAUAUCUCUAUCCCGAUUUCUUCAUCUUUAUACUUGAUAUAAUCGAUGAGAAGCUACAGCCACGCCUUGUGCCAACCGAGGAGUCGCCCUAUUGGCCAUCCUUUGUUCGCUUUGAUAACGACUUUCUCGAUGACUUAGAGACCUGGACAACUUUGUACGAUCCAGCCAACAUCAUCAUCAGCCAUAAAGCACCCAAAGACGCGCUCUUCAAGGUACCAAAGAAGGUUUUGAUUGACAACGGCCAGACUGAGCUUAAACCCUAUAAAAAGAUUCAUGAGGCUGGUCUGGACUCUCGAUUGAACGUCUAUUGCCUAUACGGCAUUGUGAUGGAUGAUUGUGACUUCAUUCUGGGGCUGUUAUUAACCUACGUCCAUUGCGGUAGCCGACCAUUAUCGGCACGAGGCCACCCUGAAGAACCCGAUGACCUUACGCCUGCAGUUAGGGAACGGUGGAUGGGGCAGCUCGAGACUGCCUUAUCGGCGCUGCACGAGAACAGUAUAGUUUGGGGAGACGUCAAAGCAGCAAAUGUUUUGAUUGAUAAGAACGAAGAUGCCUGGUUAAUUGACUUUGGCGGCGGCUACACUGAAGGGUGGGUCGACAAGGACGUAGCAGGGACGGUGAUGGGGGAUUUUACUGGGAUGACUAGGUUGAGAACGCUUUUGUUUCCUGCAAAAUAA